GAAAAGGCCCAUGAGGUAUCUAAGUGCUUGCUGAAGGAGAUCAUACCACGUUUUGGGUUGCCCAACUCCUUACAGAGCGAUAAUGGGCCAGCCUUCAUUUCUCAGGUAACCCAAGGGGUAGCCAAGGCACUAAACAUCUCUUAUCAUCUGCACUCUGCCUGGCGUCCUCAAGCCUCUGCAAAGGUAGAAAAAAUGAAUCAUACACUUAAGAGGGUCCUUACUAAACUCUGUUUGGAGACUAGGGAGGACUGGAUAAAGAAUCUCCCACUGGGGCUACUUAGAGUGAGAAUCGCCCCCCGGGAAAUACUUAAACUAAGUCCUUUCGAACUUCUGUACGGGAGGCCUUUCCUAGUCACUGAUAUCCUAGUAGAUGAGGACUUGCACGGAGUCACUCAGUUUGCUACUCAGCUCAGUGCAUUUCAAAAGGCGCUCUCUGAAUAUGCAAAGGAGCACCUCCCUAGGCCCUCAGAAGCUUCAAACCAAAUCUCAUCUCCUGUCAAUCCAGGUGAUUUGGUGUAUUUGAAAACCUGGAAGCCCCAGGGAUCCGACCCUUUAAGUGUCAAGUGGAAAGGCCCUUACAAGGUCAUUUUAACCACUCCAACGGCAGUUAAACUGGAAGGGUCCCCCAGCUGGACCCAUAUCUCUAGGAUUAAAAAUGCUGCUUCUGUUACCUCUCCUUCAGAUACUCCAGUGUAUUCCUGUGAGCCCAUUGAGGACCUGAAGUAUCUGUUCCGCAAGACUCCUGGAAAAAACUCUGGAGAAAGAAGGCUUUCACUCUAAUCUCCCUCUCUCCUCAUUAUGAGGAUUCUACUCCUAUUGCUCUCUCUCCAGCUCUCCUGGUCUUACUCCAUGGGCCCUCGCUAUUGGGGUGACAACUUCCUGGUCAGACUAGGGAACUCUGCGGGGAGUGGGGGUGUCCAGGACUGCUGGGUGUGCCAUCACCACCCCCAGGGUGGCCCACAGAUGCGACCUAAUGCAUUUGUUGCAAAGGUCCCAUUCCCACGGGCUACUAUCUCCUCCCUGGAUGCUACCCCCUUUGUACUAGCAAACCCCCAAGGGAACUACUCUGACCCAACUGUCCCCUGCUUCUUGGCUGGGAAGGAUCUCACAACUACAUAUCACCACACUACGGAGACAGUGGAUGUCACUGUUUCCCAGGAUGGCCAGGUUUAUAUCCCUGAUGUUGGGACACUGACCUGCACCACCAACACUGUGGGUGCAAGCGAGUGUCAUCUCUCUCAGACCUGCCGGAAUUUCACCUCGGCAACUUGCACCAGCUGUGUAAAAGGGUCACAGGCCAGGUGCACUUUUGAUCGUGCACCUCCCCAGAAGGUGACCGUGGGAAACCCAUUCUGGGAUUAUCCUGGCAAGUUCCUUUACGGUGCUUCUGAAUCGCCUUCCCUACAGCUUCUCCAUAACCUUUUGAAAACUAACCUCCCAAUAGAUAGAAUGCUUUGUGACUACACUCAUCCAUGGGGCCGAGCAACCAGGAGACUGCUUCAGACUCUAACCUCAGGUACCGUCUGUGCACCUAAGGGAUAUGCCUUCCUCUGCAAAAUUGCUCGUGAAAUUUGUUUCUUCUAGGCUACAAGCUGCAAACUUCCAACUUCUCUUGCAACCCGGGAACCCUGAGAUAACUGAUGGGAAAACUCCGCAUCCACUGGACACUGUGGCUGCCGCUUUCAGAUCUCGCUUCUCUUCCCCAAGCACCACUUCCCCUUCUUCUCCCCUUUAGGUUGAGUUCUACGACCAUUUCCAGCAGGAAGUAGAUACAGAAGAUUUGAGACCAUUGACCCUUUUCCAAAAGAAUUUGUGUUUAUUGCUUGAGGGGGGAGAUGAUGAGGAUAAUGCAGCCUCACCCAGAAGAGCAUUUGCAUUCCCUGGGAAAGACUCUGUUCCCACAUUAUGCACCUUUUGGAUGCAAAACCUACAUUCCCUGGGAAAGACUCCUUUCCCACACCCAAUCUCAAGUAUGUUCCUUUCGAAUGUAAAACCCGAAUUGUUUUGUUUCUGUAUAAGAGUAAGCCCUGAGAAAAUGUUUUUCGGCAAUUCUUUGACAUUGUCCACCAAGAGAACAUCUUGGUAUCUCUCUCUUUAAUAAAGCCUUUUCUUAUCACA